AUGAAGGUUAUUUUGAGCACUUCGGAAUGUCUGAUGGAUGAACUUCUCAAACAGACUCAGCGGGAUGGGAUCGCAGUGUUUCUCUGUUGCUUAGUGGCACUCGCCUUAGCAGCACCGAGAGCAGAUAGUGGUGGGCAACUACCACUGCCCGCACCUGGCAUUUCCUACGGAGGCAUCCCGUACGGCAGUAUGAGUGGCAACGUUGCAGAAUACUUCAGACAACGUUCAUCUGGUCUUUACAGCGACUAUGGUGCUGUACAACAGUAUUUAUAA